CGCAUAGAAAUUUCCGCCAUGCGGCGCCUUUUUUAAGUGUCUCGCAUAGAAAUUUCUUUAGGCGGACGGCCGCCUGGCGUCAUUGGCUGCUUUGAGCGGUUGACCCGGCGCACGAAGGAUCAGCCGGUAGAGAGAUGGAGAGUGGGAAACUCGGCACGAAGCCACCGGAAGAGAGAGAAAGAGAUAGAGAGGCUCGCCGGAAGAGGUUGUCGGAGCGCAAAACUGACCGUCUUGCCUUCAUAACCGGCCAUAGCCGAACCCUAGCGCAAUCUGAACCACAAGAUGCUGCUUCUGAGCAGGACAUCAUCGCUACAGAAACUCCCAAACAGUUUCAUAGUGAAGAUAGUGUUAGCAAUACGUUAGAAAACAGUAGUAAGCAAGAACCAGAUUUGAAGCCUGACCCAGGCCGUUUCCACAAGUUUGGGGUGGAGAAGGAAAACCCUCCAGUGGAAGCAAAUUAUGUAUCUAGAGAGCAGAAAAAUGAAGUUGUAUCUAAUGAGCACAACAGAACUACGAGAGGAGAAACUAUAUCUGGUCAUGGCGGUCCUGGAGCCACAAAUGAAGCUCAGAAUGUGAUUUUCACCAUUUUAACACCUCGAAAUAUCAGUCAUUCCGUUAUAGCAACCGAGAAUAUUCGUCUCCUCUUCUCCUUUGUCAUGGCCAUUUUAGUGAUUUUGUCAUACAAUGGUUUUAUGAUUGGUGUUAGGCUUGUGAGCAGUAUCAUCAGCUUCAGACCACUUUUCUUGGUGCUUCUUAAUGAUGUAGCCAUUAUUCUUGGGUGGGUGUUCAUGAACCAAGGGAUCAACCAGAAACCUGAAAAUGAUACAAGUAAGAUUGUGCUUGAGGAUGGGGGAUGGCCAAAUCAGUUGAGCAAAAUUUUGGAGGUAGGCCAGGUACUCCAUAAAAUUCUGGGUGCUGCUUUCAUGGAUGUCAGUAUUUGUGCAAUCUUCAUGAUAUGUGAAUACCAAGGCAACGCUGGAUCUGUGCAAGUGGGGAGACAACAAUUCAAGCCCAUUGAGGUGACACGCCUGACAUAGUCUCUUCUCCUUUUAUAUCUCAAGCGUUCCCCUAGAGAAGUUCAAGCUUUCGGUGUUGGAUGCAUAUCAAGGUUCGUUGGAUCCCAAUAACCACAUUACCUCAUUCAAAUUCGCAAUGUGUAUGUUGAAAUUCUCAGACGCAUUUAAGUGUUGCCUUUUCUUCACUACCCUGAGGUCUUCAACCCUAAAGUGGUUCAACUCGCUCUCGACUGGGAGUAUCAGUGGCUUUUUGGACUUCCGAAAACACUUCUUGGCAUUGCAAGCUA